AAAUCCACAAACGAAGAAUGCAAUAUAUGCCUUGAAAGUUUUCGAGAAAACUCCUUCGUGACUCAAUUGAACUGUCGUCAUAAUUUUCACUGCAGAUGUAUUAUCAAAUGGAGUGAAAGAAAGUCGUCCUGUCCAACAUGCAGGUCUGCUAUAUCA